GCACAGCCGGGGGGAGCCUGUUGUUGAAGCUUUAUUGUUCCUGCUGCUGCCGCGCCGCUCCCAAUAAAGCUGGUUCGCAUUAAAGCAGCGCGGCAUCUGAAGGAGGAAGAGGCCGGGAGACGCCUGGAGCAAUGGAGCUUCCCAAUUACAGCAGGCAGUUGCUACAUCAGCUUUACACACUCUGCAAAGAGCAGCAGUUCUGUGACUGCACCAUCUUCAUUGGGACUGUGCACUUCAGAGCACACAAGCUUGUGCUGGCUGCUGCCAGCCUGCUCUUUAAGUCCUUGCUGGAGAGCACAGACACCAUCUCCAUUGAUGCUGCUGUGGUGGCUCCUGAUGAGUUUGCUCUUCUGCUAGAAAUGGUGUAUACCGGCAAGCUGCCACUUGGCAAGCAUAACUUUACCAAAGUUAUCUCUGUGGCGGACAGUCUGCAGAUGUUUGAUGUGGCUGUUAGUUGCAAAAACUUUCUCAGGGACCUCAUCAACUGCUCUGCUGAGAAUCAGGUAGUGAGGGACAGCUCCAUUCAGACAGUCGAUUCAUCCAGCAAUCAUCUUGAGGCUAAUGAGCCCCCCCAGACUGAAAACCCUCUUGCUGAAGACGCAAUGGAUGCUCAGCUUCCUGAAAAGGCUUCAGCUUCGGUUGGCCCUGAAGAACCUGAAAUGGAGACAGUCACCUCCACUACGGCGCAAGACACUGCUGUGACUCCCAGCUUGGGCCAUGAGGAGCUUCUGGAGGAGGAAACCCCAAUGGAUUCAAAAUCCCUCCAUGAGGAUUCAAGUGCCCAUGCUGACCACCAUUCCCCUGCUAGACAGGACAGCUGUGAGGAAGGGGAGGCUGCCAAGCCCGUGAAGGAGACAGAAAAAAUUGGUGAUCCAGAAGCAGAGAGCAAAACCUGUAAGCUGGAUUUCCUGCUUCAGUAUGAAGGUGUCUUCUCAGAGGCCCUUUCUGAUACCAAGACCGUGCUGAAGAGACUGGAUGAGUGCAGGGGAAUUGAAGGGUCUCAGAGAGAGAGGCUAGUGGCGUGCUUGGAAGAUGCAGAAGAACAGUCAGCGUUCAAGAGACUGCUCAGCAAAGUGAGGGAUGAGCAGAGUCUGGAUGCUGAGACUGUUGUGUCUGUGCUGGAGCUGUUUCGAAACACACAUCCCAAGAUAAAAACAGCACUACUAGAGAGAGAGCAGGACAGUGGAGAGACCCUGCAGCAAACAGGGAGCACAGAAGAGGGAAAGACCCUGUCUGCUCUAUUACUGGAAUACAGGGAAGAGCUGAUUCAGAGCAUAACACAGCUGAGCCCCAUCGUAGAGUUCCUAGAAACAGGAGAGGAGGGAUUCCUGACUGGCUUGGAGAAGCGGGUGAUUCUGGAUUGCUGUGAAGGCAGCUCCCACAGGGAGGCAAUGGAGAAUCUGCUCAGGAAGGUGGUGGAAGAGAAGACCCUGAAAGCUGAGAGCUUGGUAAAACUCCUUGGGGCUGUAAAAGCAUCAUUCCCUGAUCUGCACCUUCUGCUAGACAAUUUGGUGGCAGCAGCAGUUGUGUCUGAUGGCACAGCCAGAUGGACCCCAGAGGAUUAUGGGACCCAACUACUGAAACGAUACCAAGAAAACUUUGCAGAGCUCUUCAUGGACACGCAGAUGCUGCUGCGAGGGAUCUCAGCUGCACAAAACUUAGCUCCUGGAGAAAGGGAGGUAAUGGAACAGAUUGUGAAGAGGGAGACUGGCUCGAGGGGUUUCAGCUCACUGGUAUCUGCAGCACUGGAAGAACAAACUGUGUCGGUGACUGCCGUUUGGCAGCUGCUACUGGCAGCGCGAGAGGCAGAGCUUCCGCUGAACCUGCUCAUUGAGGAAAUCCGGAAGGAACCCGAUGCAGAGUUUUUCUUCCAAACAGUGGCCACCAGUGAAAGCACAGCCAUCGAGAUAAUACUGAGACACAGCAAGCUGAUCUCGGAGGCCAUCAAGCAGAGAGCUGGACUGGAGGGCUUGGCUCCGGGAGAAGUGGGCCUCACAGAGGCGGUGAAAGAGCUACUGAGUAUUUCUUCUCAGAAGGAGAGUUCAGAGGCCUCCUUGAAAGCAGCUCUGAGCACUGCACAGGAGAAGUCUGUACCUGCCAUCAAGAUCUGUCAGCUGUUAUGCACUGUUCAUGAGUCUUUCCCCGGCCUACAGCCAGUGAUGCAGGAGCUGGGGCAUGUGGGGCUCCUGACCGAGGGAAGUGGGGAGAAGGCUGGAAUCAGGAAGUGGAAGGUGAACAGUGAAUCCCAGAUUGAAGCUAUGGACAAGGAGGAGGAGAAGGCUGGGGGCGCAAGCGCCAAGGAGCAGAAGGCGCCCCAAGAGAAAGCUCCCUCCAAGACGAACUUUGUCUGCAAGGCCUGUGAUAAGAGCUUCCAUUUCUACUGCCGUCUGAAGGUGCACAUGAAGCGGUGUCGCGUGGCCAAGGGGAAGCAAGUGCAGUGUAAAGAGUGCAGUGAGAUCAAGACCUCCAAGAAGGAGCUGGAAAAGCAUCAGCUGGAGGCCCACGGAGGGCCUGGAGCUGCAGGGACAGCCAAAAAGAAGAAGAAGCGGUUCCCAGUGACAUGUGACAUCUGUGGAAGAGAAUUUGCACAUGCCUCAGGAAUGCAGUACCAUAAGCUGACGGAGCACUUUGACGAGAAGCCCUUCUCCUGCGAAGAGUGUGGUGCCAAGUUUGCGGCCAACUCCACCCUGAAGAACCAUCUGCGGCUGCACACUGGAGACCGCCCCUUCAUGUGCAAGCACUGCCUCAUGACCUUCACACAGGCCUCCGCCCUGGCCUAUCACACGAAGAAGAAGCACUCUGAGGGGAAGAUGUACGCCUGCCAGUACUGUGAUGCGGUAUUCGCCCAGUCCAUUGAGCUGUCUCGUCAUGUGAGGACUCACACCGGAGAUAAGCCAUAUGUCUGCAGGGAGUGUGGGAAAGGAUUCAGGCAGGCCAAUGGGCUCUCCAUCCAUCUGCGCACCUUCCACAAUAUUGAGGAUCCGUAUGAUUGCAAGAAAUGUCGGAUGAGCUUCCCCACCCUGCAGGAGCAUCGCAAGCACAUUCACGAGGUCCACUCCAGGGAGUACCAUCCCUGCACUACCUGUGGGAAAGUCUUCAGUGCUCCGUCCCUCCUGGAGCGCCACAUGGUGACCCAUGUUGGAGGGAAGCCGUUCAGCUGUGAGAUUUGUGACAAAGCCUAUCAGCAAUUGUCAGGGUUAUGGUAUCACAACCGCACCCAUCACCCUGAUGUCUUUGCAGCUCAGAAUCACCGCUCUUCCAAGUUCUCCUCCCUGCAGUGCAGCUCCUGUGACAAAACCUUCUCCAGCACUACUGCUCACAAGAGGCACGUCAAGGCAGAACAUGCGGAUGUGAAGUUCCACGAGUGUGAGAAGUGUAAGGAGCUCUUCCCCACGCUGGCUCUGCUGCAGGUCCAUGCCAAGUGCAGGCACUCAGGGACCCAGCCAUUUCGCUGCUUGUACUGCGCGGCCUCCUUCCGCUUCCCGGGGGCCCUGCAGCACCAUGUCACCACAGAGCACUUUAAGCAGAUAGAGAGCACCUUCACCUGUGGGCUGUGUGGGGAGCUUUUCACUACUCGGGAGCAGCUGCAGAGUCACUACAGCGCUGAGCACCCAAAGGUGACGUUCACGGAAUGCCAGGCCACCGCUGCCCAGCUUGUGCAGGUGAUUCAGACAUCAGAGCAAGGAGAAGCAGCCGAGCAGAUGAUCACCUUGGACGAAGCCCAACUUGCUGGCUCCCAAGUCUUUGUGACGUUGCCAGAUCCCCAAGCUAACCAAGCUGGCUCGGAGCUGGUGGCGGUGACUAUGGAGGACUUGUUUGAUGACAAAGUAUCUCUGAUUUGUGAAGAGGCUAAGUGA